GUGGCUCUACUGGUCCAACCUCUUUGCUAUGUUGACAUUUCAAAGUUGGCUGCCAGGAUUUAACCCCGAGCUGUUAAAGCGUGUGAGGAUUUAAAAUAAAUCAUGUAUUUCCCGUGUAUAUGGAGGCACGAAUUUUACUAAUCAGCCCUUCGUAGCAUGACGUCAACACAGGAGUGUUUUGCUAACACCUGAAGUUAGAGCGCGUGCUAAUGUCAACGUAUGAGCUAGCAGUAAAUGCGCGGCUGUUCCUGGGAUGCCACCCGUGAUUACACUUUAUUGACAGCUUUUCUGCCAGGGACAGUCUUGGAAAUACACCACUCUCUACGUGAGCUGGCCGUGGACCCUUCAGGAUGAGGAUUUUAAGGUUUCUGAGGAGUAGCGUGUCCAUUGCAAAGGACGUCGACUACUACUCUAAAUUUUCUCCCUCCCCUCUGUCAAUGAAGCAGUUUCUGGAUUUUGGUUCAGAAAAUGCAUGUGAGAAAACCUCCUUUACCUUCCUCAGACAGGAGUUGCCUGUGAGGUUGGCCAACAUCAUGAAAGAGAUCAACUUGUUGCCAGACAACUUACUGAGGACUCCUUCAGUCCGUUUGGUCCAGAGCUGGUACGUGCAGAGUCUUCAGGAGAUCCUUGAGUUUAAAGACAAAAAUGCAGAUGAUGAAAAAGUCACAUAUGAUUUCACUGAUGCAGUAAUAAAGAUCAGAAACCGUCACAAUGACGUCAUUCCCACCAUGGCUCAGGGAGUUGUGGAGUAUAAGGAGACUUACGGUACAGAUCCAGUCGUCAGUCAGAAUGUUCAGUAUUUCUUAGAUCGUUUCUACAUGAGCAGGAUUUCCAUCCGGAUGUUACUGAACCAGCACACUCUCCUCUUUGGUGGAAAGGUGAAGGUGAACCCGGCCCAUCCUAAACAGAUCGGUAGUAUUGAUCCAAACUGUCGUGUCAGUGAUGUCAUCAGAGAUGCAUAUGAAAAUGCAAGAAACCUCUGUGACCGCUACUACAUGAACUCUCCUGAGCUGGUACUAGAAGAAUUCAAUGCAGUCAAAGAGAAGGAGAAACCUAUCACAGUGGUUUAUGUGCCGUCCCAUUUAUACCACAUGGUGUUUGAACUGUUCAAGAAUGCCAUGCGGGCCACCAUGGAGUUAUAUGGCGACGCCAUGGAGUAUCCUCCAAUCCACGCACAGGUCGCUCUGGGAACUGAGGAUUUGACAGUCAAGGUGUGCGAUCGCGGAGGAGGCGUGCCGCUGCGUAAGAUCGACAGGUUGUUUACAUACACGUACUCCACAGCUCCUCGACCCAGCCUGGACGGCCGUGCCGCUCCUCUGGCUGGCUACGGCUACGGUCUGCCCAUCUCUCGUCUCUACGCUCGUUACUUCCAAGGUGACUUGAAGCUCUACUCUCUGGAAGGUUAUGGGACUGAUGCUGUCAUCUACAUCCGGGCACUCUCCACAGAGUCCAUUGAGAGGCUUCCUGUGUACAACAAGUCUGCCUGGAAACACUACAAGACGAUCCAUGAGGCAGACGACUGGUGCGUCCCCAGCAAAGAGCCUAAGGACAUGACCACGUUUCGCAGUUUCUAGAAAACAGCUGCAGAAAUGUUGUUAAAGACUGGUGGUUUGUGUGUGUGUAGUCUCUUCAGAUGUUUUUACAGUAAAUAGAAAGUUUAAAAAACGGACUAGACAGAACAAAGACUUAGUGCCAUACAUUUCAUACAGAAAUAUAGGUUUGCAUCUAAGUUACCCUCAAUCAAAAACAUUUUCCCUGCUAACCCACACCAGCGCCACUGACAGUAAAGACUGAAAUUUACCAAAAUAAGACCCAACAUAUCAGCCAUCAUCAAGGCUGGUAGUGUUAUUAACAUUUGAGAGGAUAAAAACGUAUUUGAACGCAUUUUUGCAAUCUUUGGUGGCACGAGUCCAUCUAUUGUCCGUCCAUCCAGGCCAUUCUUGUCAACAUAUCAACUCAAGAACGCAUGGAUGAACUGAAAACAUUUUAUAGCUCCAAGGUUUAAAGCCAUUUAAGCCCUCGUCCUUGUCUUAAGGGCCACAUAUUAUGCAAGGCUUUUGUAGCAAAAAUAUGUUCCCCCCCGAUUCCGCUACA